AUGGCAGACCCAUCUGAGUCAUCCGAGUCUGACUUGCCAAGCUGGUCCCCGCCAACCUCCAACUCCAUAGAGCCCGUAUUCGAUGAUUGGUAUCAAUCAUUGUAUGCAAACCGAUUGCCACCCCCACCGCUGGGCCAACCAUCUAACUCCGUGCCUCAAGAGCUUGGCAUAUCAGUAGAUGUUAGAAGCAGUGUGAGCACACAUGACACGUUAGAUGACCAUGCCAUGACAUUUGGAGGAGGCAGCAGCGACCAUGUCAACUUUGACAUGUCACCCAGGCUGUCGCACUGGCCACAGGGCCAGCCCCCCGCCAUGAUGAAUAGGCAGGCUGUUGUCUUUGCAACACCCCCACCAUCAUCGUUCCGAUAUCCAUUGAAUAGCCAUGUUCAACAAUCCCUAUUCCUUGAGUCACAGGCGCCUGUGCCAGGCACAAGUCAAAUUGCCUCAGAAACACCACUUCCAUCACUGUUCUCUAAUUCACAGCACUUUAAUUCUCAACAUGCUGUGUCUGCUACGCUGUCGCAGUCGCAGGCACCCAUGGGUACCAGGCAUAUUAUCUCCGAAAUACAGUCACUACCAUCAUUCCCAGGUCCAAACUCAUACUCCAACUCUAAUGAUCAAUGCAUCGCCUCCAGCAGCCACGUUGUCCCCCUUCCGGUGUCUCUCGAGUCGAAUCACAUCCACUCUUUGCAUACUGGCCCUUCACUGCAGUGGAAAGCGCUCUUAGGCACCAGCACCCCAAACUUCGAGGUGCCACCCAGGCUGCUGCAGGAGUUUCAUUUUCAGAACUUUUCACAGGCACCAACGAGCAACAACAGCUUCAAUUUCGAGUUGCUACCUCGUAUUCCGUCAUCAUCACUUACAUUGGCGCAUGAGCUCAAUGUUCAGAAUACAGGCUCAGACGGCCCAUUAGCAGGCAGCAGCGGCCGUCGCACUGUAGACAUUCAGAAACACCGGUUCUCUCCAUUGCCAGGCUCCAGUGACAUGAACUUCACCGCCAUCCAGGACACCAUAACUGAAAAAUUAGGUCAUGCCAGGUGGAAGACGUCUCAGGAUGGCACAAGCUUUAUCAACAAAUUGAAGUGCAUCUCCAAAACGAUUUGGGCAGACUUCGAGAAGUCCACUAACAUCUUCGUCUUGCCCGCAUAUGAGCUAUCUCUAAACCCAAUGCACAGCAAGGAACAGAAUGCCACAUUGCAUAUCGCUCACACUGAAACUCUCUUGACUAAUCACACAUUUCUCGAUGCAUGGAUUAUGCUGUUGGACAACAAGAGUGGGCAAUUCAAGUGGUUUUGUGUUCCAUUUGGGCAUGGUGUGGUUGUCGCCUUGAUUGAAUACAUGUUGGUGACCAUGGGAUAUUCCUGGUCAAUUUCCUUUGGCGAAAGCGGCUGGCAAAAACGUCUCCAAAACACCAUCACUGCUAUAUCGACAGUGUAUCAUUCAGCGUUGCUGAAAUUCAAAGGUGACUCGGGCUGGAUUGAGGCUGGUGCCCCAGAUGACACACAAUAUCUACUUUUCGUACAGCGCAUGUCCUUAUUGUCUGAAGCAGACAAGUGGAUGUUCGAGCAGUUAUUAGAUGGGCUAAUGGGUCGUGUGAUUCCCAGCGUCGUUAUGAACGACAUGACAAUUGAGUUUGAGUAUGUCUCAAAUACUUCCAUGUUGAGUGGGCAUGACUUGCGCUGGUCGUUGGCAGCCGUGACCAGGUCCAUGUUUUGGGCUCUGGUUGCUCCUAUAGUGGAGUAG